AUGGGCACCGUACCAGAUCCCGAGCCCCUCAAGGUGUUGAUUAUUGGGGCGGGCUCGGCCGGGCUGUUGAUGGGCCAAGUCCUCAAAAAGGCCGGUAUACCCGCCACCAUCUUCGAGCAAGAUGCCAGCCCGACGGCCCGGCAGCGCGACUGGGACUUUGGCAUCUACUGGGCCCAGUCGCGCAUCGCCGAGUGUCUGACCCCGGAACUGAACGCGCUCAUCGACACGGUGCAGACCGACCCGUCGUACCGCCACCACGCCGGGUCGACGAUGCCGAUCCACAAUGGCGCGACGGGCGAGCUGCUGAAGGAGUUGCCCGCGCCGCAUGCGAUCCGGUUGCGUAGACGGGCGUGGUUGGAUCUGAUCCGGACUGGGUUGGAUGUGAGGUACAGCAAGAAACUCGCCACCAUCACCACCACGCCCACCUCGGUAACAGCCACCUUCACCGACAACACCACCGCAACGGGCACCCUCCUAAUCGGCUGCGAAGGCGCCCACAGCCUCACCCGCACCUGGCUCUUCCACGACACCCCCCACCCUUCCGACGCCGACCUCCAACACCUCCCCGUCUCCACCUUCGCCACUCUCACCCGCUACCCCCGCGACACCGCCCUAGCCCUGCGCGCAGUCCACCCCACCUACUCCAUCCUCCUCGACACGCGGGACCGCUUCGGCUGGUACUCCCUGCACAACAAGCCCUCCCCCAACCCGGAGGAGUGGGUGUUCCUGAUUAUUUUCACGUGGAAUUACCGGGAAGCGGAUGAUCAUGAGCGGUUGGAGCGGGAUGGGGAGUAUUUGUUGGCGGAGAUGCGGAGAAAUGUUGGGGAUGGGUUGGCGUAUCCGUAUGAUGCGAUGUUGAGGGAUAUUCCGGAGGGGACCAAGGUGUGGUAUAGUCGGCAGAUGGCGUGUUGGCCGACGAAGAGGUGGGAUGGGAGGGGGGGGAGGGUUACGUUGGCGGGGGAUGCGGCGCAUGCUGUUUCGUUCCACCGCGGCCAAGGCCUAGGCAACGCCAUAACGGACGUGGCAGAGUUCCAAGGUCAUCUACGGGCGAUGAAGGAGCAGACGCCGGAGGAACUCGCGCGGGCGGUGGCCAAGUAUGAGGAGGAGGUGUGGAAGCGUGGGCAUGAGGUGGUCAUGGAGAACAAGACGAACACGCUGUUUCUGCAUGAUUGGGAGAAGGUUUUGCAGAGCCCGCUGUUUACCACGGGUGUUGGGAGGGCGGAAUCGAAGGGCCAGGGUGCGCAGUGA